AUGUUCUCGAGCAGUCUGUUGAGUCGUGGUCUCUCCACUCCACAGGAAUUAAUAGCUGCCAUCACGGAGGCAAACGUCGUUACAGUCAACUACAGGCUUGGAUAUACAAAUGCAGAGGCAAUGAUAUCGAGCUCAGGAAAUAGCCGUACUCGCCCAUUCUAUAGAUACCCUACGCCGGUACACGAUACGCUCGCCGGAUUUGAUUGGGUCUUGGAGACUCUUCGUCCUGAGCAGCUAUUUGUUUUUGGAUCGAAUAUUGGAGGGUCCUUGGCUACUAUGCUGUCCUUGACAGAGUCCCAACACAUACACGCCGUCGCAGCCCAUGAACCCGUCUGUGAUUGGACUGGUCUCGAUGACUAUUGCACUAUCGACUCGGAGAUGUUGACUGGAUCUGGAGGUACUAUCGAAAAACAAUCAGAACUCAUCGUGCCCGAAGGAGAGAAAUCACAGCAAUCCCCCGCGCAACCUGUCCAGACGAAGCAACCAUCAAAGCACAGAAAGAAACCAGCGCCAUUCGAUCUCGUACCUCUACUCAACACGAGAAAACAUCUAUUCGAGACACCCUCCAAAUAUUUCGACUCAUUUGCCUCGCCUAUACUGUUUCUACGCUCUGCCGGAAAAGAUGUUCCGAAGAUUAUGCCUGAAUAUUUUACUGGACCAGAGUACCCAGUCCCUGUCUUGAAAACCUCAGUUACCGAAGAAGAGUUGAUUGACCUAUGGGACAUUCAAAUGCAUAUAGAAGACGAGCCCAAGGUUACCGAGCCUAAGACUACAGAGGACGCCAUGCCGGUUGAAGAGCGGCCAUCACGGCGUCGCAAAGCCCUCUCACGAUGGCCACCAUAUGGCCUAGAUGCGGGCAACGAUGGCAGAAGUAGAUUCGCUAAGCCUACUCGACUUCAGAUUACUUUGCCAUGGGUUAGAUUCUAUGCACGACUUGGUUCUAGUGAAGAAUUAAGUGAAGCAGUGGUUAAUUCUAUUGAUGACAGCAACCCGCCUAAAGCCAAAGCAAAUUCGAGAAAAUCGGCAACCGAGAGUACUUCAGUUCUGGCGACCCAAGCUAAAGAUAUGGUCUCUGUUAUGCGUCGCGCGUGUUUCUGGAGAGAGGAAGCUGGGAACGGUGAAGAGAGGGUGACGCUGCGCAAUGUGACUGUUACUGCGACCACUGAUUCUCGGCAACUCACAGAUCCAAAUUAUCUCGAAACUAUACACGAAAGUGCCAAUUGGUUUAGAGAAGUGAUGUCAAACUCUCGGUAG